AUGCCAGUGGAGACCCUGCGGCCCUCAGAGGGUCGCCUGGCCGGGGCUCCCUUCACCUCCGCCAUGCCUUUCAGGAUCCUCACCAAAGGGCCCGACUACUUUCGCCGUCAGGCUGAGCCGGGUACCCGCAAGCUGAGCGCCGUGGAGCGUCUGGAGGCGGACAAGGCCAAGUAUGUCAAGAGUCAGCAGGUGGCGCUGACGCGGCAGGCUCCGGUCAAGCCGCCAAUCAUCCGCAAACCUCUCGUCCCCCCGGCCAUGAUUCUGCAGUGCCACAUGGGCGUUCCCCCAGCCCGAAAAGGUCUGCGGUGCCCCACUAACGUGGACAGCGGUGGCGUGAGGGACGGACCGGGAGGGAGACGAGGACCCCGUCUCAAUUUGGAUAUUUUGAACAACCUUAUCAACGAUGUAUGCGACGGCCCGCUGCCCUCCUCCCAGUCGUCGUCCUCCACCUCGCCGUCAUCGUCAUCGCCUUCCUCGGGAGCUAAAAGCAUCGGCAGCAGCUUGUCAGCCGAGCGCGAGAAGAGCAACCGACUCCUCAACAACCUCAAACCACGGUGCACCACCGCCUCCUCAUCCAUCUCGUCAUGCACGUCGUCCCCACUCAACUCCGGCCAUCGUCCCCCCCCUGUCCCAGCACGGGCGCCCCGCAUCUGCGUCCCGUCAGCCUACGUCUCUCCAAAUACCGUCACGGUACGCAGGGUGGAUGUUCGACCCCACGCAGAAAUUAGGAAGCCCCAUAGGCCCCAACUCAGGCCCCGACAAACUGCCCAGGGUCAAGUAGCGAACCCCCUGGUCCCCCCACCACCACCGCCAGCACCCCACAACCCACCUCAGCCCCAAUCCAACACCACCACACGAACCACACCCUCGCCCCCUUCUUACCUGCCGCCCAGUCCCAUGCUGGUCCGUGCAGGGAUGAUCCCGCCCGCUUCCCCCGCCUUCACCCGUUUGUCCAACGCCAGCUCCAAGGGUUCCGCCCGUAAGCACCCGUCAUUGCACCGCUCCAAGUCAGACCUGAGCGACCGCUAUUCCCGGGCCACGGCCGACCUGGAGCGCUUCUUCAACUACUGCGGGCUGGAUCCCGACGAGGUGGAGGGCAUGGGCGGAGUGGAGCGCUUCACCAGGGCCAACUCGGACAUCGUGUCCAUCUCCAAGCUCCGCAGCGUCAGCACGCCCAGCUCGGAGUGCGGGGACGAAGCCGAGAGAGGCCGAGAGGACUAUGAUGACGAGGACGGGCCCGCCCGAGGCAACGAGCGCAUCCCCUACGGCAUCUCCGUCAUCGAGAGGAACGCCCGAGUCAUCAAGUGGCUCUACGGCAUCCGACAGGCAAGAGAUGCUAACGGCGCCGUUUCGAACGUAUAG